AUGGCAGACCAGUACGACACUGCAGGCCAUGAUGGCCAUGUCAUCGAAUCCCAAUCUCCAGUCAAGAAAUCCGUUGGAGAAUAUUGCAGGACCCGAGUUUCAACACUCAAGCCUCCCAUGCACAAAGCUCCUAAUCCAUUCAAACUUUUGGCUAUGUUGAAUGGAAAACAAUGGCUAUUCUUUUUCGUUGGAUUUGUUGCCUGGACUUGGGAUGCAUUCGAUUUCUUCACAGUCAGUCUUACAGUCUCGGAUCUUGCAGAGGAAUUCGAUAAGACCACUACAGAGAUCACAUGGGGUAUCACAUUGGUUCUCAUGUUAAGAUCUGUCGGAUCUAUUCUCUUCGGUCUCGCCGCAGAUAGAUAUGGUAGAAAAUGGCCCUUUAUCGUCAACAAUCUUCUAUUCAUCGCCCUCGAACUGGGUACCGGUUUCUGUCGAACCUAUAAAGAGUUCCUCGCAUGCAGAGCUUUAUUCGGUGUUGCAAUGGGCGGCUUAUACGGAAACGCAGCCGCGACAGCACUAGAAGAUUGUCCUGAAGAAGCUCGUGGUUUGAUUUCUGGUAUACUUCAACAAGGAUACGCUUUUGGAUAUCUUCUCGCAACAGCUUUUGCUAGAGGUUUGGUAAAUACCACUAGUCAUGGAUGGAGACCUUUAUUUUGGUUUGGUGCAUGUCCACCUGUUCUCAUCAUUAUCUUCCGUCUUUGCCUUCCCGAAACAGAUGCAUAUAAUGAGCGUGUACUUGUUCGAAACGAAAGAGGUAAUAUUGGAGCUACCUUCCUUGCUGAAGGAAAAGUCGCAUUGAGGGAACAUUGGUUGUUGUUAAUUUACUUGGUACUUCUCAUGGCAGGUUUCAACUUCAUGUCCCACGGCUCCCAAGAUCUCUACCCAACCAUGCUUAAAAACCAAUACAACUUCUCGGCCAACGCCGUAACCGUGAUCCAAGUCGUCGCCAACCUCGGCGCCAUGACCGGCGGCACCGUAAUCGGCUACUGUUCCCAAAUCUUCGGCCGUCGCUUCUCUAUAAUCUUCAUCUCCAUCAUCGGCGGUGCUCUCCUGUACCCCUACACCUACACCUCCUCGAGUGCCAUCAUCGCCGCCGCCUUCUUCGAACAAUUCUGCGUCCAAGGCGCCUGGGGCGUCAUCCCCAUCCACCUCAUGGAACUCUCUCCCGGUUCCUUCCGCACCUUCGUCGUAGGCACCGCAUAUCAACUCGGUAAUCUUGUUUCCUCUGCUAGUUCCACCAUCGAAGCACAAUUAGGAGAAAAAUUCCCCCUUCCUCCUAAUGGCAAAACCGCACGAUUUGAAUACGGAAAGGUGAUUUGUAUUUUCCUGGGUUGUGUCUAUGUUUACGUGAUCGUUUUGACGUUUGUGGGGCCCGAAUAUUUGAGGAGAAGUUUCGAUGUGCAGCAUGAUAGUGAUUUGGCGGCGGCAGCUGGUCAUGAAACCAUUGAGAAGAGUAUUAAGAAGAUGAAGGGGAAUGGGGUUGGUGCGGUAGAUGGUGAGUCGGUGGUUGAUGUGGAUGGUGGGUUGGAAAAAGGCGUGGCGAGGAAUAUUGAAUAG